UAAUAUUCUAGGAAUUUACGAAGUUAAAAUUUUUUCGGAGAUAUGGGUACCGAGAGAGUGUGGUGGUGUUGUGUGUUUUUAUCAAAUUUUAAUUAAUUUAUUAAUAAUAAUUUAUUAAAAUAUUUAUUUUAUUAAUUUAAUUGCACUGCGAACGAAUCAGCAUGUUCAAUAGAAACUUGAGAACCACGAAGAGGCUGUUGUUCAUCUACCCCACUUCGAUAAAAAGUGUGGUGUGCCAAAGGUCGCUAAGGAAAAAAUACGGUACUACUGCAUCUAACACACCUCCGGAUGGUAUAGGCGUCAAAGAAACGGCGACGAAAAAUUCGCGAUGGUGGAGUUGGUCAAAUCUCAUCUACCCCAUUCCCACUGGAGUGGGUUUGACGUUGCUUGCCGUACUUCAGUGGCGCCGUUUGAACAAACAACAACAAGACGGCGACCAACAACCCAUCUACACUCAAAAUCUAAGGCUAUGUUUUUACAAAGCUAUUCCUCUACGAGCUAUGUCACGACUUUGGGGCUACAUAACAGACUUUUAUAUUCCGCAACCAUUACGAUAUUGGAUGUUCACAGCAUACUCAAAACUAUUCGGAGUGAACAUUGAUGAAAUAGAAUUACCUAUGGAAGCUUAUAAAAGUUUAGGGGAGUUUUUUGCCAGACGACUUAAAGAAGAUGCAAGGCCAAUUUGUUUUAACCGACCUGUGGUAUCUCCAGCUGAUGGUACAAUAGUGACUGCUGGUCGUGUAACUUCAUGUCAAGUGGAACAAGUCAAAGGUGUUACUUAUACUAUUAAGUCAUUUUUAGGCUCCCCAACGUGGUUAGAAGAAUUCAGUUCAUCAAAAACGAAUUCUUCACCAAAUAUAAUCUCUAACAGUAAUGUGAAUACUAAUUUGAUGAAACGAGAUACAUCAUCUAAAUAUAAUGGUGGAGGCUGGUCAAUUAAUUCAACUUUUUUAUUUUACCAUUAUGGAUUACUUACUAUGCACAUGUAUUGCAUCAACUUCAUUUUUAAUUUUCUCUACCAAGGAGUUAGCUUUUUCAGUUUAUCAUUCAAAAAACAAGAUGUUAUGCUUUCUGACACAACAACUGAAAAGACUAUUUCAGUUCAAAGAAAAGCUGAUAUUGAUAAUGAUGAUAAUAAUGAUUGUAAACCAUUUGACCCACAUUGGAAUGAGUAUAAAUCAAAACUAUUACAUAAUCCAAAUAAUGAGUUGUAUCAAAUGGUAAUUUAUUUAGCCCCAGGAGAUUAUCAUCGUUUUCAUUCUCCAGUUGAGUGGACAGUAAAAUUUAGAAGACAUUUCCAAGGCGAGUUAUUAAGUGUAAAUCCAAAAGUAGCACAAUUUUUACCGGAUUUAUUUGUAUUAAAUGAGAGAGCUGUAUAUGUUGGUGAGUGGAAACAUGGUUUCUUUUCAAUGACUGCGGUUGGUGCAACAAAUGUAGGAUCUAUUCGUGUAUAUUCUGAUAAAGGUUUGCAAACUAAUAUGCGAUGUCGUCGAAAAGAUUUCAAUCAAAAUGAUUGUUCACUAGAAACCAAGUGGACAAAGGGACAAGAAGUUGGAGAAUUCAGAAUGGGUUCCACAGUAGUUCUUUUAUUUGAAGCACCUAAAGAAUUUUUAUUUGAUGUUGAUGUUGGACAAACUAUUAAAAUGGGACAAGCUGUUGGUAAAAUAAGUCUAGUUGAAAAUGACCAAAACUCUGAAUAAUUAUUAUGUAUCAUCCAAUUAAAAUUUGCCCUUUCAAUUUUAGUUACAUCCUACUCGCUACCUAAAGGCUGACUAAAUUUUUAAUUAUAUUUGUAUUAAUGAUAAUUAAUUAACUAUUUAGUUUUUAUAAUUAAAAUGUUAAAAUAUA